AUGUCUUCACAAAAUGAGCAGAAGGCCAUUCUCAAGUUCGAGCUGCUCUCGACUUUACCCGCCGCUGGAAAAAUCUCCCGAGCGCCGGACGGGGAGGUGCGCCCGAAGAGGAAGGUCCUGCAGGCGCACAGCAUUGCCGGAAUGAUGGGAUUGAGGUCAGGGUCCCGCGCCACAGCGGCGAUCACGGCACAUCCCGAGUCUCGUGUCACCAUACCUCCGUCCUCUCUGCUUCCUUUCUCCCUCCUCUCUGCUUCCUUCCUCCUUCCUCUUUGCUUCCUCGUCAUUUCUGCUCGCCAUGGCCUGUAAGCAAGAUCAGCAACAGAACAGCAACCGAGUACAAAGAGAAGACAGCACAAAUACCUUUGAGCUCGCGAGGAGCUCGAAUGGGGUGGAGGCGAGCGAUGGGGGUCGG